AGACAAGUCACAUCUAGUGUCACACGUUGUGUUUUACUGGAAUACCUGAAAGAGAUUCUCAAUUCAUAUACUCAACGCCACCUACCGUCGGAUAGAAUGUUCAACUUAGUGUCGCUACUCGUCGCCGCGGCGCUAGUGUCGCUGCAAUGUGGGCUCGAAGCGAACGCACAGCUCGACAACAAACAAAUGGAUAACAAUAUAAAGGCUUUUGUGGCUCCCCUGACGAAAAGGCGCUCCCGUAACUUCGUAUCUAUACAACAGGCGCCUCCCGAAACCGCCCACCUGGCCGGCGCCCCAAUAGAACUGCGAUGUGAGGUCAUGGGUGUACCUUCGCCUACUGUACAUUGGUUGAAAAACGGAGAGCCUGUUGCUGACUACAUGGACGAAACCAACGAGAUCCAAGCAGUCUACCCAUCAAGCAUGGCCUGGCUCAUGUCCACACUGGUCGUGUCAGAGGCAGUCGGUGGCGACGUGUUCACGUGUGUGGCCACUACUGGGCUUGCUACUGAGACUGCUUCUACCACUGUUUUUGCUGAACCAGGUGACGACGCAAAUCUCCUCCUCCCCCUGUUCCCCGCCGCGCCAGUCAUCUCCUCCUACUACGUGCAGCUCUUCCAGGACAUAGGGAGCGACGUGGUGCUGCCCUGCCGCGUGUACAGCCCCACCGAGCCGCAGGUGUACUGGCAGGACCAGCAUCAUAAUGUCAUCUAUGACAACCCCAGGAUGAGGGUGCUGCGCUCUGGAGACCUCUACAUCAAGGACAUCCACUGGUCCGACAUGGGCGAGUACACGUGCACCGCCAAGAACCUUUACGGAAAGACAACUGUCUCCAGUUUCCUCUAUCCCGCUAGGCCGAAACAUUAAACCAUCAAUAUCCGCCGACCAAGCCACUCCCGCCGAUGCUAAAUGUUGUUCCUAUUCGUAGUUAAAGUAUUAACGUAAAUUAACUUAUUAUUAGAUUAAGUUGUGCUUAAAUCAAACCAUUGUACUUGCCUUGUUUGUAAAAUUAUGGCAAUUCAUUAAUUU